GCGUCAGCGCUGCUUGCUCCCUGAUCGCGGCUUUCCCCUCGGGACACUCUCCCCUCCCAGGAGGUGCCGCUUAGCAGGGCCAGCAAGGAUCCUGCCCUUUCCUCACAGGAUUUGAUGUAUUCUCUGGUUCAAAUAACCAUGUGCACUGAUUUGGGGGGAGGGGGGGUUGGUUCUCCUGCUACUUUUAUUUCAGCUUGCUGCUUUCUUCCUGUGAAAGCAGGAAGGGGUUAUCCAUGAUAAACAGCUGGCAUAUGCUUCACCCCCACCCCCACCCCACUCCCUUUACUGGUGCUAAAACUUCCUCUGAGGCCUUCCUGCCAUUUACACAACUUUCCUGCAUGAUACUGUGUCAGAUUUCUGGAAAGUGAGAGCAUAGUGGUAUCUUUUUAUUUGCUCCUUUCAGUUUGGCAUAAUUUGUUUAAAACAGAAACAACAAAAGACAAAUAAAAAGAAUCCCUUGGGUUUUAUAAAACCUGAGCCCUACGGAAAUAUUUUUUACCACUAAGAAAAUAAUUGUUUGUUAAACAUUCCUUUGUGGUCUUUGAAACUCAGAUAUUGUAGUACUAAGAACUUGGAAGUGGAAAGGACUUCAUUGAUUUUUAUUAUCAAAGCAGAAUAGUAUAAAAUACAUUACAUGUAAUCUUUUUAUUUAAGGACCUCUGUUAAUUCAAAGUAGUGUAGUACCAGUGAAUUUUUUUUCAGUGUUGGCAAUAUGCAUUUUAAGAUGUGUAUGUUGCCUGUGUUUAUUUAAAAUACAGUUUGCUAAUCUGUACUGAUUGGAAAACAUUGCAAAUUUCUGAAUUUUGAGGAUCAAGAAGAAAGUAAAAAAACAAAACUAGUGUAAGUCCUUAGAAUGAACUUGAUUUAUUUUGAUAAUUACUUAAAUAGUGAUAUAGAUUACUUCAUAGCAUGUAAGUGCACUGUGUAUCUUUUGUGAAAGUCUGUGUAAUAGUUCAAUAUGAGGAACCUACUAUUAAAUCUUUUGUUAAGGAGUUGGGUGAUACUAUAUUUUUUUUGUAUCGGUAACUAAAUUUAGUUCAUAAAUAGCCUUUCAGUCAAAUGAUGGAAUGAAACUUGAAUACAUUUAUGAUCACACACCUAGAGAUAUUUCAAGCUCAGUAAAACUUCCUGGGUUUUUUUCUUGUUGGAAUAAAAUCUUUGUAUUGGAAUAAUCCUGAAUUAAGAGGGCUCCUUAAAAUUUAUAUGUCCCCCUUUUAUCUAGAUCUGCAGGUUCAGAACUUGGUACCGGCCUUUCCAUGCAACUGGAUGCUCCUUCCCUGCUUUCUCAGCCUUCAUUUAUUCUCUCAACCAAUCCCUGUAUCACCAGCAGUGGCACCAGCUAUAGCAUGGUACCAUCUCCACCUUCAUACCACAAGUCCUUGAUCCCUGUUCACCCCAGUGCCAUCAGCUCCACCACCAGUGUCAUGUCUACCAGAGAAGACCAAACACCCUCUACCUCCACCAGUCACCCUUUGGCAUUCGCGACCCUCCAAAUGAGAAAUGCACCUGUUCCUUCAAAACAAAACACCCAAAGACUUGUUAUUUCUGAAGCAUCCAACAGUGUGGCUUCUGGAGGGUCCGUGGGACGGUACAGUAAUACUGGAAUAUCAGGAAGCAAUAUUGGUCUUGCCCUCUUUGGUGUGGGGCUUGGUAACAAAGCACUGUUUCAAAGUUUAAUGGAAGAAAAUGGCUGCUGUUUGCUUUACAUUGUGGAGGAUCAGCUACCAGAUGUGGAACGUGCCUUCAGUACAGAAUUCCUGGCCAACACCAGGGUGCUGCGACAGCAGGAUGCUGACAUAGUGCUCAAUGAUCAACGUGUUUCUGGAGCCAUUGUCUGUUCGCCACCUGAAGCAGCAUCUGAAAUCGUGAUAGAUGCAUUACGAGCGGGGAAAGGCGUGCUUUGUGAGAAGCUACCUGGUUUAGAUAGGCAGACAGCAGAGGCCUGUUUUGAUGAAGCUGACCGAUGUGGAAGACCAUUGGUCUGUGGAUUCUACAAGCGUUUUGAUCCGGCCCUGCAGUUCCUGUAUAAAAAAGUCCGUGACAGCCAGGCACUAGGGAGGAUUCAUCGGAUAUCGACAGUGAGCAGCAUAUAUCCAGCAGCAUCUCUUAGCUUCCUAAAAAAGUCAGGUGGGAUUUUUUAUCAUGCUGCUGUACAUGAUAUUGAUAUUAUCAGUUUACUGCUGGGAGAAAGUGUACCAGAUACGAUAUUUUCACUGGGACAUGCAUUCUGUGCAGAUAUGGCCUACUUGAAGGAUGCAGACACUGUAGCAGUCAGCAUGAAAUUUCCUAGUGGCGCAAUUGUUACUUUGGACAUCAGUCAGCACUGUACUAAAAGCUGUGAUCAGAGACUAGAGGUUCAUGGUUCUCAAGGGUCAUUACGGGUAGAUAAUCAGAAUCCUUUGGGAAUUACAGAGCAUGGAACAUCUGUAUCCAUCUAUUCACAAACCCAGGCUGAUCGGUACAAAGAAGCAUACAGAGAACUUUUUAGACACUUUCUUAGAACCCUCAAAGGCAAAGAACCCCCUGUUAUCACCAAAGAGCAGUUUCUCUGGACAAUUCAGGUGGCGGCAGCUGCCGAGCAGUCUUGGAGGAACGGAUCUGCUGUUGACUUACGCAAUGAAGCAAUAGACGUGUCUCUAAUCAAGACUGAAAUAAUAUGACACGCGCUGCUGUUUGAAGUGAAGGAUAUUCCCUGAGCUCCUCUAUAGGGAGAUCAGUCUCUAACUCUAGUGAGGUUUCCACUGUUGUCUUAAUACAAAACAAAACAACCUUUUUUAUUUUUGUAUUUUCACUGGAAACGCCUAUAACUCAGAUACAUUGUAGAACGACAUAAGUAUUCGGUGCUGGUAUUACAGAUUAUUCUUAGAAUGUCAUUCAGGACUCUGAGAAGAAGUUACAGGAGACUUUGUCUACAGUGGAAGAAGCUAGUUUCAGGUUCUGGAAUAAUGUUUUCCUCACAGAGGAUUUCCCAGACACUAAUCGUGAUAGGAUAAGGAUGUGCUGAUAACCAGUAGUUGCAGCAAAGACUGUGCAGUGAACAUCUUUAAUGGCAGCUUAAAAACGAGGUGCAACUGUGGUGUUCAAAAUGAGAGCAUCAGUUUGGUCCAUGCUGUACAUCUCAUUAGUAUACGCAGGAAUGUGAUUUGUGUACUAACUACUCCUUUCAUGGGUUCCCACAUCUACAGAACUGUCCAUGUUGUUCUUAAUGCAUUGCUGUGAACUUGAAAUAACAUAACCAAGACGUUGUGGUGAGCAUCUGAUUUUCCUGAUAACGAGCAGGCAGGGAUACUUCCCAUCCUGGCUCUAGCGUGUGAGGAAAGAAACUUGGAAGGCACGCUAUAAAUUGGACUGUUUCAUAGAGCAAAUCAUGCACUGGGGCAUUUCCAUAUGAACUAUUUGUUUUUAAAAACAAAAUCUUUUAGAAUAAAAUUGUGACUCUCUCUUGAGUAGCACUGUACAACAUGUGUUACAGAUUGAACCUCUCUAGUCCGGCACCUUGGGGACCCUGACCAGUGACGAACCAGAGAACUUGUCGAACCACAGAAGGUCAAUAUUGUAGUGAGCAGGUCGCGCUCGCUCUUUUUUAAAAAAAAAAUUUGCCAAGGUGAAUAAACGGAACAAUGCUUGCAGUGCUGCUUAUUAAGGUCUGACUGUACUGAUACGCGCUCUAUAAGCCAACGCCUAGCCAAGGCUUAUCAGCUCUCUUCAGAACAAAGUGUUGUUAGCGUUGUUAUACAAUUUAACACUAUUGGCACAAGGAAAUAAGUAGAUAAGCGUAAGCAUGGUUUUUAUGCACAUACAGUAUUACCAGCACUUCCUUUGCUUGCUGGUCUUUUAGAAGACAUUUAGGGCUAAAUAACAGAAUAUUGAGAGCUGGGACUCAUGGCUGGAAACAAACUUUAUGGGGGCUGCAGGAAACUUGGCCACACCCACGAUAAACAGACAUCCAACUAACUAAUAGCAUGCAGGACCAAAUGCUAUUAGAUGUUGCUUGACCAGAGAUGCCAGAUUAGAGAGGUUCAAGCUGUACUAAGAAACACGUCACCUGGAUGCAACAAAGACAGUGCGAUCUAUCAACAGUUUUGUUUUCCUUAUUUGAAUCCAAAUUCAUGUUUCAGUAUUUCUUCAAUAGGGAAAUUAAAUAAUUCCUGUUUUCUCUGAAUGAGGGAAGGGAAAAUGGUAUACAUGGAUUUUUUUUUAAACAAUUCACCAGGUUUGGAUUAUACAUUUCAGAAAAAGAUAGUGCCUUCCAUAACAGGCAAGUCUUGUUUAAACCAGGUUAUUUGUAACUUUUUCUGCUUAUGUUGAGCUUAUUGAAAUUUAUAUAUUUGACUUUUUUUAUUCUUCUUUGUAUUUCUCAUACCCUGAUUUUCAAGAUUUUUUUUAAAGUUUUUUUAUUUGUAUUAAAAUAACUUCUUGCAUUAAAUGUGUGAACAACUGUAUAUGUCAUAUUUUCUCUUCCUGACAAAUAUUUCUUAGCUGUCAAUUUCUAAUUCUUAUAUAUACAGUAUAUAUUACUAAAGCUAGAAAUAGUUGUGAUAUUUAUAACUAAACAGGUCUCUUGUGGAAAUUUGUUUUUUAACAGUGUCAUUUUUUUGAAACCCAAAGAAAGCUAUGUAUUAAUGAUAAAAUUUGCUGUCAGAAUUGUCAUAUAUUUUCUGGCCAUUUAUUGAAAGAUAGUUUAUAUAUAAACCUCUCUCCUAAAUUCCAUUAAACCAAGACAGCCACUUAUUAAAUGAAAGCAAAUACUU